UGAGAGGAGGUGAUCCUACUCCUCUCCCAGCAUUUCCUCUUUUUCUCUGUCUCUUGAUUUCUCUUCAGGAAUAACUAAUGCCACAGAGGUUUUAGGGGAUUUAUAGGAGGCUUAGGGGAUUUAGGACACAUCCUGAAACAUGAAGAAACAACCCAAUGUGCACAGAGACACCUAAUUCUUUACUGAACUGAAACUACAAAAGAUUUUUUUAAAUUGAUUAUAUUUUGGUUCUCUGGAUCAUCCAGGUGAACAUGACGUACCACGCUCCGUUCUUCCCUCUGCUUGGGUGUGGGAGGCCUCUGAUGGAGCAGAUCGCAAGGAGAAGCAUCAUCAUCUCCAGCCCCACAUCUUCAUCAUCAUCAUCAUCAUCUUCAUCAUCAUCUAUUCAUCAUCACCUCCAGCAUAUGGAGAAAGAGGAAGAGGAGGAGGAAGAGGAAGAAGAGGCAGUGGUGCACUUAGAGGGAAUGGACCUGUGGAGGCAGUUCCACCGGAUUGGCACUGAAAUGGUCAUCACAAAGUCGGGGAGGCGUAUGUUUCCUCCAUUGCGUGUGCGCUGCAGCGGUUUGGACCGGAGAGCGAGCUACGUGCUGCUGAUGGACGUGGUGUUGUCGGACAGCUGCAGGUACAAGUUUCAUCACUCACGCUGGACGGUGGCAGGAAAAGCCGACCCGGAGCUGCCCAAGCGCAUGUACGUUCACCCGGACAGCCCGGCCUCUGGGGAUCACUGGAUGUCCCGGGUGGUGACGUUUCACAAGCUGAAGCUGACCAACAACAUCUCCGACAAACACGGAUUCACCAUUUUGAACUCCAUGCAUAAAUACCAGCCGCGGCUGCACCUGGUGAGAGCUGAUGACCUCCUGAAGCUUCCGUACAGUGCGUUCAGGACCUUCGUGUUUCCUCUGACCGAGUUCAUCGCUGUUACUGCGUACCAGAAUGACAAGAUUACACAGCUGAAAAUCGAUAACAACCCCUUUGCGAAGGGAUUCCGGGACACAGGAAACGGGAGGAGGGAGAAAAGAAAACCUGUAAUGCUGCAGUUCAAGUCCAGGGACGUGGAACCGAAGAAAGAUGGCGGGUCCUCAGAUGAUUCCUCUGAUCGUCCCGGCCGCUUUCUCCAGGCUACAACUGUCAAAAAGUCAUCAUUCAAAGAUCAUUUUAAGAGCGAUACUGAGAGUGACGCCGAAGCGGAGAGCUCGAUCCCUGAGAAGAAACUCGACUCCAGAGAAAUCUUCACCACCAGCCACGAGCCGAAAAACACGCGGCCUAUCAGAGGCAGCAAGACAGCUAAGCGAUCCCGGGGCGCUGAGAAGUGUGUGUUAGACCUAAACGUUGUGCCUCUGCACGCUGGACACUUCACACGGACUCUGGAUGAGUGUUUCCUUCACCGCUGCUGCUUUUCAGGUCAGCAGCGUCUCGGCAGCAUGAGAAGAACGUCACGCUUUCCGCCAAACCAAAACUGUUUAAACUUCUGUGCGGCCGGAGCUCCAGCUGCUGGAGAAAACAUCAGGGGCUGCAGCUACGGCGCCAUGGAGACUGCACACCAGGGCAUCCUGGGAAGUUUCCCACUGUGCCUUCAGCAGCCUGAAACGACCUCGCAGGCUCUGCUCCUCUCUCACUGUUACCCGUAUAACUGCAUGCUGGCAGCCCCGUGGACUCAGCGAAUGCCCGCUCCUGCUGUGGGCCACCGGCCUCGCUGUGCUCCAUACACUCUCCCACACGUUUCACACACACACCUGCUGCAGCUCAAACGCCACGCUUCUGCACGAGUGGAACAUGAGAGCAAAGUCAGCAGGGGUCAGAGGUCACCGACGCCGCCUUCCACCUAAAAAGAUGAUACAGCAAUUUAAAACGAACAGCAAUAAAACUUUACACCUGUGACUGAAGUGUGAAUAAAAA